GGAGGGUGGUUGGCACAUGCGCGUUUGCGCGAGAUGGACGCGGGGGUGUCGUCGGCACAUGCGCGAGAUGCACACGGGUGAUUUGGCGCAUGCGCGUCGCGCCGCCCUCCCUUUCUGCUUCUCUCGCUGCAGCCGCCAUGGCGCCUGUGAAGAAGCCUGCGACGAAAGGUGGCAAAAAAAAGAAGCAGGUCCUAAAGUUUACUUUGGACUGCACCCAUCCUGUUGAAGAUGGAAUCAUGGAUGCAGCCAACUUCGAGCAGUUCUUGCAGGAACGAAUCAAAGUGAAUGGAAAAGCCGGUAAUCUGGGUGGAGGUGUGGUGACCAUUGAGAGAAGCAAGAGCAAAAUCACCGUAACUUCAGAGGUGCCAUUUUCCAAGAGAUAUCUGAAGUACCUUACUAAGAAAUAUCUGAAGAAAAACAACUUGCGUGACUGGCUGCGUGUAGUUGCUAAUAGCAAGGAAAGCUAUGAAUUGCGAUACUUCCAGAUUAACCAGGAUGAAGAAGAGGAGGAAGAGGAGGAUUAAAUGCAUGUGGAUCUGGAAAUAUUUUGUACAUUAAAUUUCCUUCAAUAAAACGUGGGGAAAAAA